AUGCAUCCACUUCCACCCCCCAGCAGAGGCCAGUCCUCCAGGUCUCCCGAGUCACACAAUCAGGAUCAGGCCCGGAUUCACCCUCGAUCGACAGAUCAGACCUCUAUUUCUGCCUCGACCGUGCAAGCCCAAGGUUCCACAACCUCCACCGCAGCACAAGAUGGCAAAAAGAAAAGAAAACACCGUGGGGGCAAGAAGAGGAGGAAUCGCCGCCAGUCUUUUGCUGCCCCCUCUGACACGUCAGCUCUACAGAGUGUGGAAGAAGGACCGGGCCAUGAAACCCCCCCGAUUGAGGAAGCCCGUGAGCCAUCGUCCGUGCGGCAGUCCUUUUACAGGAGCAAUAAAGGCAAUCUCAGUGGUGAAAGUUUGGAUAGUGAAGCGCUCCUCGAUCAUCGAGAUCAGCCCAUAUUGCGAUCUCGACGCGACAGCCGCCUGAUUCCAAAUGUCUUUGCGGCGCCGCAUCGAAGUAACACUUCUCUUAGGCUUGAUACCGGCGGUCGACGGAGGCAUCGCAGCCAGCAAGAUAUUCCAAGUCCUACGGGGUCUGGUUGUGAAGACGCCACGGACCGUACACCCUUGAUUUCUGGCGCGCCUCAACGCAAAAACUCCGUCGAUGCUGGAUAUGGACUUUUUCGAGUGAAGUCUAGUUCUUCCACGCUAUCUUCCCACUCGAAACCACAGAGGAAGUGGACACUUGGAACCGUCCAUUCCUUCCCCAAAUCCGAUCAGGACUACGAUGUCAACAACCCUCCCUCGGUGCCUCCAAGCCCCAGCGUCGGAGCUCAGUAUGACGAUGUCAUGGUUGACGACGGCGAUUUUCUUACCAGAUCGCCAGACAGCCGAAGGAACCUCCAGGUAACCAACAAGGACACUUUGAUUGCUAUUGACGAUGAUGGAACCAAUGAGCCUCCAUUAGCGGGCGAUAACCCCAAACUUCGGCCAGAAGGUAUUCAACGGCAUCGUGCCAUGACACACGCUGCAGAAGGCGAUGUUUGCUUCCCUGGGGAUGAUGUUUCCGUAGCUGGCGAGGAGUAUUUCGACAGGUCCCAGUCACAAGGUACCUACCUGAGCGGCACACGGCGGAGACGUCGGGAUCGUGAAUGGCCUCAACUGUGGGUUCUGGACGAAUGGAGCCGUGAGGAGAAGGAGGAACGGGCGGGUGAACGACGGGCAAAGAAAAUCAGUGAACCCGUCUUCGUUGAAGGAAGACUACGGCCCUCCAAGAAUGCAUGGCAUCGUGUUGAAGAAGACGUUCAAUAUCGAUACACUUACUUCAAUGAAGAAUUCGAGAGUACCAUUCACGCUCAGACGAUAUCGGAAUUAGUGCAACCAGGAGGGACUUUUCGCGAAUUGUUUAUCCCAGAUCCCCCUGAGCUGAUUGACUCCAGUAGCAGUGAGGACGAGGAAGGAGUGGACACCAGCCAGAAUGCGGAAAACCUAAGUGCCGUUCAAAGCCCCAAAAGCCAAGUCAACGCAGAUGGACACGGCAGGAUGCCUGAACUCACAGAAUCGAUGAGAUUGAAGUUUGACUCCAAUGGCAAGGGCUCGGAAAGGAACUCCGGUGCCGCUACGCCAUACCGGAAGACUUCUCCACCGUGUACUCCCAAAGUGAAGAAAUAUGGUCCUCGCCCGACGUUCUGGCUUGACGUGACGUGCCCGACCGAUCAAGAAAUGCGCGUUCUCUGCAAAACUUUCGGCAUUCACGCCCUCACAUCUGAGGAUAUCAUGAUGCAAGAAGCCCGAGAAAAGGUCGAACUAUUUCGAAACUAUUAUUUUAUCAACUAUCGGACGUUCGAACAAGACACGCACAGCGAAGACUAUCUUAAACCCAUCAACGUGUAUGUUUGUGUAUUCAGGCAUGGCAUUCUCACGUUCCGUUUCUCUCAAAUCCCUCAUCCAGCAAAUGUUCGACGACGCAUUCGACAGCUCUCGGACUACCUUAUUCUCAGCGCCGAUUGGAUUUCCUAUGCGAUUAUAGACGAUAUCACGGAUGUCUAUCAGCCCUUGAUCACUCAUAUUGAGGAAGAAGUCGAUCAAAUUGAUGAUCUCAUUCUCAAGGCAUUCCAGAACACCGAUGAACUGACUGGUAACCAUGGUCGGAAACACAAGGAAAAGCGGUCGGAUGUUGGCGAGCCUGAAAUCUCUGGCAUCGAUAUGCUGCUGCGCAUAGGCGAGUGUCGCAAGAAAGUCAUGUCACUUUAUCGAUUACUGGGAAACAAGGCCGAUGUCAUCAAAGGAUUCGCGAAGCGCUGUAACGAGCAGUGGGAGGUCGCCCCCCGGUCCGAGAUUGGCCUUUACCUAGGAGAUAUCCAAGAUCACAUCUUGACCAUGACUGGAAACCUUUCACACUACGAAACUCUUCUUUCGCGCGCUCACGGCAAUUAUCUGGCUCAAGUUAGCAUCCACAUGAAUGAGAGACAGGAGAAUACAGCCGAUGUUUUAGGUCGCUUGACUGUACUUGGUAUGUUUGGCGCCAAUUUCAAAGUUCCUGGCCAAGACGUCGACAAUCUCAAUUGGUUUUGGGCCACUACUCUCGGGCUCUUCCUGUUCGGAGUGGCAGCAUUCUACUGGUGUAAGAAGGUGUACAAGAUUGUGUGA